GAGGAAAUGUAGAAUGGAGUAAAAGUACACCAUUUAUUUAGGAAAUGUACUUAUAGUACAACACAGGCCAACAACAGCACACACCGCGGAACUUUGGUACAACGGCUCCUGUUGCAGUGGGGUCUCAUCAACGGAACGGACGGAGGGUGUCGAGAGAAAACAAAACAAACCUAGCUUCCCGUGUUGAGCAAUAGUUAAUGUCGCGUAAACGAAACUGAAUUUGACAUAAGCUCAUGUUAUUAUUGUAUCAAUAUUUAGCAUUCAGAGACACAAUAUUAUGUCAUUCAGAGACACAAUUUAUCAUCUUUGGAGCGAUUUAGCAAACCGCGUUUGCUGGAGCUAGCUCAGCUAGCUUGUAAGUUAGCUUCCGCUGCACGACCGUGAGAUUGAGCAACUCUGGAAACACGAAUGUGAUAUAAAAGUGCGCGGCGCCAAUAAAACUGUCACUGUGGAGUCAUGCGUGACGUGAACCCGCUGCCAGUUACUCAAGAGCAGCCUGCCCACUUCAUAGCGGCGGAGAAGGGUUCGCGUCCAUCGGCGUGAGACUCAGGCUUUUUGUGUGACCGUUCUUCCGUGGACAAAAUGCCUGGGAUGGUGGUGUUUGGUCGGCGCUGGGGCAUCGCCAGCGACGACCUGGUCUUUCCCGGCUCCUUUGAACUCUUCAUCCGUGUAUUGUGGUGGAUUGGCACGAUGAUCCUCUACACUCACCACAGAGGUCAUUUUGAUUGUAAUGGCAGGGGAGUUCUUAACACCUACCUGAUCGGACUGUUUGUUGUGCUUGGGCUCAUCAUCCUUUCACUAUGGGCCAUCGUCUUUGUCAGUGCUCAAGGCACCAUCACUAACCCUGGCCGCCGGCGCUCCAUGCCUGCGCUGGUGUACGUGCGAGCGAUCCUGUACAUUCCUGAGCUGGUGUGGGCCUGUCUGGGCACCGUGUGGGUGUCUGAGGAUAGUAAAGGCUGUGAUCUCGCCACGGUGGGUUCCGUCAUCGCAGCAGUGAUUGCCAGCUGGAUCAUCCUGCUCUUCACCGCAGUAGGUGUGGUGAUCGUGUUUGACCCCCUGGGAAGCCCGCGCCGACAGCCCGCCCCCCUGGAGCCGCUGGGAGUGAGAGACAUGCAGACCACCAACCAGUUCUUCUCCAUCGCUCGCUCCAUGGCCGACAAAGUGUGGGAGUGCAGGCUGCGGCUGAUGUGCUGCUGCCUGCCGCAGGACGAGAGUAACCGGGCGGUGUUCUCCAGCAUCGGGAAGCUGUUGAGCGGAUUCUUCUCUGACACAGAUCUGGUCCCCAGUGACAUCGCCGCUGGUCUGGCUCUGCUGCACCAGGAUCAGGACAAGAAGGAGCAGAGCAGAGACCCGGACACCAUCGUCGUUCACAGCCCGUCCUCUCCCAUCGAGGAAGAUCUGGAGGCAGAGCUGGAGAAAGCCGCUCACUGGAUGCUGUUUGCUGCAGCAGCUUAUGGAUGGCCACUGUACGUCUACUCCAACCCGCUCACCGGGCCCUGUAAGCUCAGCGGCGACUGCUGCGGGAGUCGCACCGACGAGUACGACACCGUGGGCGGAGACAACAGCGGCUGCCACUUCUCGUCCGUCCUGCUCACCACUGGUCUGCAGUACAGAGACUUCAUCCAUGUCAGCUUCCACAACCAGAUCUAUGAGAUCCCGUUCUUCGUGGCUCUGGAUCAUAAGCGGGAGGCUGUUCUCGUGGCUGUCAGGGGAACUCUGUCACUCAAGGAUGUCCUCACAGAUCUGUCCGCUGAGUGCGAGGACAUGCCUAUAGAGGGAGUGUCCGGAGCCUGCUUCGCUCACAAGGGCAUCUGUCAGGCGGCCACUUACGUCUACAAGAAGCUGAUCAACGACGGCAUCCUGAACCAGGCCUUUGCUGUGGCACCGGAGUAUAAUCUGGUGGUCACCGGUCACAGUCUGGGCGCCGGCACAGCAGCGCUGCUCGCUGUCCUUUUACGCAGCUCCUACCCCACCCUGCAGUGCUACUCAUUCUCUCCACCAGGGGGCCUCAUGAGUCAAGCCUUGUCUGAUUACUCUAAGGACUUUGUGGUCUCAAUCGUGCUCGGGAAGGAUCUGGUUCCCAGACUGAGCAUUCCAAACAUGGAGGAUUUGAAGAGAAAGAUUCUUAAAAUUGUGUCAAACUGCAAUAAGCCCAAGUAUCUCAUCCUGCUCCAGGGUCUGUGGUACGAGCUGUUUGGGGGGAGCCCGGACGACGCCCCCACCGAGAUGGACAACAGGCGCGAGCAGCAGCUCAGCGAGCCGCUGCUGGGGGAGGAGUCACUGGUGAUCCGCCACUCGUCGUCCUAUCAGAGCGUGGGAUCCGACGACUCGCCCGUCCAUAAGCCCGCACAGCUGUUUCCACCUGGACGAGUCCUGCACAUCACGGAGGACGGGCCGUCACGGAGAUCCUGUUUCUCACAGGUCAGGUACCGCGCCGAGUGGUCCGACCAAAUGUCGUUCAGGAGUAUUUUGAUCAGCCCCCAGAUGCUGACCGACCACAUGCCCGACGUCGUGCUCGGAGCUCUCAACAGCCUGGCCACGGAGCGUCCCUUCUCCAUCUGCCCGUCGUCCUUCAACAACGGCCAGCAGCACAACAUCUGAUCUGAGACGCCACACUUGACUCUUCAUAUCCUGUCACAGAGUUUCUCCGUGAGCAACUUUAAUGCCAUAAUGUUAAUCUGUUGAAAUGUGCGUUGUGAACAAUAUUUUUUGUUUGAGCGAGUGCUGUGUGAAUGAAGAGGAUGAAGAUGGCGCCCCCUAGCUACAGCGUGAAUGUGAGGAUUACAGUCCAGACUCUGAUCUUCCCGUGUGAAUGUCAUUGUGCAGUAACUGUGUUGAGUCGUGUCGUGUGUUUUCAGGGUGAACUGUGCCUGUGCAUCAAAGAGAAGAAAAUGUUGUUUUACAGAAAAAGACUGAAGGUGGAGAGUGCACUGUGUGUUUACACUCGCUUUAGAUUCUCGGUGCAUGAUCGAGGUAGAACGUUUGUUGGUCUCCUUCAGUUCUUCAUCUUUUAUUUUUCAGGAAAAACAAAUGUUUCACAUACUUCAGCAGAAAUGCAGUGAACUCCUUGAUGCUAAUAAAAGCUUCCUCUGAAGCGUC